AUAAAGCUUGUGUGAUGAGCCGCAGAGAGCAGAGUGGGUUUACUAUCAAGGGAACUACGUAACCUCACUAAAGAUUUUGUUUUAACGUUGGGAAAUGAUGAUUUCCUUUUAACACGUGACAACCUAAUAAAUUAAUGUAGAAAAAUACAUAAAUAGGUGUGUUGCUCGCAGUACGUUUUCAUCAGACGGACUGUCCCAGUUUCCGUGCUAAGGUAAGGUAUCUAGGCUGUUAGCCGAGUGUUUUAAGCUAGCUAAAGUUACGCAACGAGACAGGUUACAUCUUUCAUUUGUGAUACCUACAUUUCGUAGACUAACGUUAUAUUAAGCAUGUAUUAAAUGUAAGGUGUCCUAGCCAUGUGCUAUAAUGAUACAGCAACGUCCUACAGGUAUACACACACACACACGGUUAUGUAGAUAGGAAAUUCUUCCUGAACCGUUUUCCAAGUGAAACUGUUAGCAUAGCUUACCUAUACACAGGCGACCCGAGUACCAUAGCUGAGAGCCAUCUACCUCUAUGAGUGUCUAUGACAGUCUAUGGUGUCGACUGACGAGGCAUCACUUGACAAUAAAUCACUACAAUUGAUGGGAGCCUGCAUUGAAUGGGGACUUUGUGUGUAUAAACGGAGCCCAAAGUCUGCAAUGGUAGUGAACGUCAAAGGGCAAAUCCACACUAAAACAACGUUAACGUUAUGGUCACUGUAAAGGGAAUAGUGUCCAGACUCCUUGAAAUGAUGUCAUUAUAUCACACGUUAAUAUAUUUGAUUUGAGAUAUUAUUUCCAAAAUUAAAAUGUCGGUGUUAAUGCUGACACACCCGAUGACGUCAGACUGUAAUUCAUCUGUAAAUACUCACAAAGGUGUGGUGUUCAGACAGGCUCAUAAUGCCCGUGGUUAGCAACACCACAGAUGGUGACACCUGUAUUAUUAUGGGCUGUUUGCACCGUGUUUUUCCUCUUUGCCUCCCUAAAAGAUGCAUUGCACGAGAGUGCAGUAAACUGGUCUGACUGCAUCUGACUGUAUUGCAUGUCAGUGCAGCUGUCCAUUGAUUCCCUACAACUGCAUGUACGGACAUGAAGUCAAUGUGAGAAGGCAUUUAUUCCUGAGUACACACAGUGUAAAUGUUAAUAUGGGUUGUAAGAAUAGAGCCAUGUCAUAACAUUGUCAUUUCUUUCCCCUGUCCACUAGUGUCCACUGGAGCCCAUGAGAGAGACUUGGCACUGGAAUGAUGCUAAAACGGGAAUGAGGCUAGAACGCAAGUCCCGAUGUUGCUCAUCCUGAUUGUUGCUUAGAAAAGGAGCAAAGGCAUGGCCCUGCAGGUAUCUCCAUUUCCUAAUGGGUUUGUUGCAGGCAUCCAUGCUGUGGGGUGGGCAUUCAUCCUGCCUUGCUUCUGGUUUCUUGAUCGCCUCGUUGCUUUGUGCAAGUCCACCACCCCGGAGCGAACCCAGCGAUUCGAACAGGGAUGCCACCUCCACCCCCUCAAGGUCUUCUUCGGCUUCAUUAUCUUCUUCAUUCUUUUUCUCGCAACAGCCCCUUUGGGCUUCCUGGGAUUUAUGCUCUGGGCACCUCUCGAGGCUUGCCGCAGGCCCUUUUACUACCAUAGAGAGGCGCCAUCCUCACCAGAGAAGGAGACACACAGGGGCUUUGAGCUGGUAGGAAAGGCAUCAUUUGGAUUUGCCACAGCCAACCUAUGUCUGUUGCCUGACAGCCUGGCUCGUUUCAACAACCUGGGGCAUACCCAGCACAGGGCGGCUGUCAUUGGUCAGCACAUUGUGCAGGGUGUGUGUCGACCCCAUAUCCGCAUCUUUGUUGACUCCCCCAGCAGCUGUGGGACUCUCAGCCCCUCCAACAGCAUGCUUCCCACCGUUAACUCAUCUUCAUAUGGGGCUACUGAUAAACAUGCACAGCCCCCGGAGAGCCAUCAUUCCGAUUCAGCUGAAGUGCAUGUUUCAAUCCCAAAGUCCAAUAGUCACGUCGUCUGUGUGCCCUGUGAUGACACAGAAGAGCCCUCGACUGACUCACCUUCUCCCCUUUUAUAUACCAAUCGCAACUCCAACCAGCAGGGCCGAGCAGGUCACCGGAGUGCUCCCCGAGCUUUGCUCUCCCAGGGUCUCCGCCAACAGGACGAUGUGCCCUGGGAAGUGUCGCCAUUGUUUCCAGCCAAUGUGGACAUACUGUGUCUAGAAGAGGUGUUUGAUAAGAGGGCGGCCCAGAAGCUCACCCAAGCAUUGAAACCCGUGUUUGGACACAUACUGUAUGACGUUGGCGUGUAUGCCUGCCAGCCACCAUGCAGGUGUUCCUCUUUCAAGUUCUUCAACAGUGGCCUGUUCUUAGCCAGCCGGUUCCUCGUGCUUGAGGCCCAGUACCACUGCUUUCCCAACAGCCGUGGGGAAGACGCACUAGCUGCCAAGGGCCUCCUGUCUGCUAAGGUGCUAAUCGGGCAGAAUCAGAAACAGAAGAAAGUGGUUGGCUAUUUUAACUGCACACAUCUUCACGCACCAGAGGGGGAAGGGGAAAUUCGCUGUGAGCAGUUAAACCUGGUUACCAAGUGGAUUGGGGAUUUUCAAGCUGCCAACAAACUGCCCGACGAGGACGUUGCUUUUGAUGUGCUCUGUGGAGAUUUCAACUUUGACAACUGCUCACCUGAUGACGCCCUGGAACAGCAUCACUGUCUGUUUGAGGAAUAUAGAGAUCCUUGCAGGGCAGGGCCUGGAAAAGAGAAGCCCUGGGUCAUUGGUACUCUGCUGGAGCAGCCCACGUUGUAUGAAGAUGACAUAAACACCCCAGAAAAUCUACAAAGAACUUUGGAGACAGAGGAUCUGAGAAAGCAGUAUGUCUCCCCUCCUGUUCCUGCAGAAGACUGCCCCUUGGAUUACCCUGAGACUGGCCAGCCGUGGAUCGGACGUCGGAUCGACUACAUCUUGUACCGCGAAAACUCCGUUUCAAAGCACUGCCGAACAGUAUGUGUCCUUGUGUGUUUUUACUCUUUCCUCUACCGAGUCUUCUCCAUUUUCUCCAUUGCUUCUGUCUCUUUGAAGUUGCAAGUUACUUUGAGAUGCCACAAAUAAUUCAUGAAAAAUGUGCAUAUGGCAAAACUAUUGACAGUUAGUACUUGUCUUCUAUAACAGCAGGUUAUCCCCUAGUAAACAGCAUAAAGCAUCAUAGACAACAUGCACUCUCUUUGU